AUGGGCCCUCCGCCUGCAGAAAUGGAUCCACAUUUCACUGUUUUUAUAAGACUACCAUUUCCAAGAGGAGACUUUGUUGAUCCUCCCCCAGUAGAAUGGAGCGUCGCCAAGGAUCAUGCGUUGUGGGAUAUUCUGUCACGACCCUCAAAGGGCAAUGACAUUGACUUAUAUAGGGCGGAACAUUUUAACGUGACACUACCAUUCCUUCUUCAACAAGCGGCAUGGCUCUAUGACCGCCAGCUCUCUCAGGUUCGGGCUCAAAUACAAAAAGUUGGAAAUCCUCAUUCGGCUUCAAACUCACCUGCUCCCGCAUCCAUAUCUGGGAGCGGUGGCAUUGGCGGCCAACCGAUGAAGCGAGGAGGAAGCAGUAAUUCAAGAGUACCAUCAAGAUUAUCGAUAUGCCCAAAGGAAGGUCAUGCAAUGAAACCGGAUCCAAGUGCGCCGCCUCCUACUCCAAACAAAUCUAAAGGUUUUCUGCCAUGCCCAAAUUUACCCACAGCAGGUACAAGAGCUCAAUCACCCCGACCACCCGGUACUGAUUCCAUCAUUCGUAUUCAACCAAAGUUCAAAAAGGAGACCAACGCCGUUUCCUCACCACUAACAUCACCGCCCUUAGGCCAGGCAAUCUCGGAGCCAGCUAGCCUGUCUUCGUCAUCCUCCUCCUCUGUCUCUGGAGAGGAAGAAGCAGCAAGACGAGGACCGCCAUUCAAGAGAUUUGGUAGAUUCUCCGUUCAAAAGGGAAGCAAUAGCGUUGACGAGGAUGAAGACGACUCGCCGGCAUUUUUGCCAUUAAGUACGCGUAAUAUGCCCUCUACAGAAGACGCUGGGCACGACCCGAGUGCAACUCUUCGUCUGCAGCUAGAAAGGCCCCGGCUUCCACACACGCAUUCAGAAGUAACAACACUACCAUUAGCGAAGGCCUCUACAAUCGAUUCUUCAACCAGCUUGGGAAGCUCAGGACUCGCCAGCGGUACUGCAGCGAAUGAACGAGCUCAACCACUCCGCCAUCCUGCAUCUCUCAGCCCGAGAAGGGCAGCAGAGCUAUCCAGACUUAGUCCUCGUCGACGCACAGGUGGUCAGGAGGGAAGUGAUGAAACCCCAAGCAUGGGUAGCAGCUUCAGUGACUUGGACGAUGCCAGCUUAACUCAGUCUGCGCUUGAAGAAGCACUCCUAAGCACGAUGCAGCGGGGCGGGGUUGCAAGCCGGAUGAGCACCAUCAGCCAGGCACUCAAAAGUAGAUAUUUGUGA